AUGUUAAGCGGCAGAAUAAAAGAAAGCGUCAUUCAAGAGGCAUAUGCAAAUUCCAUACGUUUUCUAAGUAAAAAUAUUGAAGAUUACUAUAAUGCAGUAACCGAUAAAUUUAAUCGUGCUUUAGCAAGUCAAGAUGGACUGAAAGAAGAAGACAUUGUUGAAUAUAGCAAUUCUGUUGAAUAUAUUCAAAGUGUUCAAUUACCACUAGGUCCGCAUUUAGAGUUAGGUCUAGUAACACCUGCAGCUCUUAUUCAAAACGUUACCAUCGAACUUGAGAAAGGGCGCCAAUGUCUCGAAAACAUUAAUUUGGAUAGUCACUUAAUUGAAACACAUUUAGGUAACCUCUGUAUGCUUAAAAGCACAUUUCAAGAAUUUGAAUCCAAUUAUAUUGACAGUUGUAAAUAUUUUGAGGACUGCUAUACUAAGCUUGUGAAAUCUGCUAAUGGACCUAUAGCUGCUAGUGAGUUCGAUGAAGCUGCUGCGAUUAUUCUAGUGAUAUUCAAAUCAUCAUGUAU